CUCAUGGUGGCUGGCUGGCUGGUUGGAUGGAUGGAUGGAUGGAUGAGUAGACAGACAGCUGACAGGACAAGCAGAGGGGAGGCAGGGAGGGGACGGCCUGUGGUGCUGGACCCACGGGGCCCACUUGGUGCUGCAUGAUGUGUAUGGUAUGGACGGAUGUCGUAUGCGUGGCGCUCGACGUGUCUGUGAGAUGCAAAGGAUGAUCCGCAGUGCUGCCCGCCUCACCAUUCUCACAUGUAAACCACAAAGGCCAUUGAUUCAAUCCUCUUCUUCCCCUGCUCUGCGAGCUUGUGAGCGAGCCCACGUCAAAUGGCAAAUAGCGUCGCUGUAGAUCUUCUUUGGCGCUCACUGCUUCACUGUGAGUGCUGUGCGACCAUGAGAAGCCUCCACUGAGGGGCCGCGUACUGACAUCCAAGUCGGUGAGCAUGAUGGAGAAGGAUGGCUAGAGGGAUGGCAUUGUGAUGGCACUGUGCGCCUCUGCACUCUUGUCUGCAGGCGUGUUUGGCCGGCGCGGCGCCAUGGCAGCUGCAGCGUCACCAUCAUCCGCUGCCGACCUCCCGCAGCCACAGGUACGGUACGUGUACCUCAGUCGCCCAUUCAUUUGUUUGAUUUGUUUGUCCGUUUCAUCCAUCCAUCCAUCAGGUGGUGCCGUCGUCCCGCGACCGCUGCCAGACCGGCACUCGUGUGUGGAUGGUGACGGACGGGCGCGAGAAGGGCAGGCAGGAAUGGGUCAAGGCCGACGUCUAUCGCACUGAGGAGUCCAUCAAGGGGCUGAGAGUGUCUGUGAGGGAGGUGGGCGGCCGGAAUGAGGAGUUCACUGUGAUGGUGCCGCACCAGACCAGAGCAUCAAAUGCAGUAAGUAGAACCGCAUCCACCGCACCCACAGAUCCACUGAUUGAAUGAUCCCGUGUGUGAUAUGCUUGAUGUGCCUGCAGGUGCACAAGGGCUUCAGGCUCGUUGAGAAGGCGCCUCUGGAGCAGCCUGUAGGAAAGCAUGAUGGCAGCACCACGGUAAGUCCUCAAGCAGCCACGGACACACGGAUAAAUCGUCUCCCUUGGUUGCCUUUGUUCCAGGAGGUCGUGUUCGAGUGUCACUGUGAGCGGACCAGGCCGGGCGACGAGCUGUCCGUCGUCGGUGUCGUCGACGAGCUCGGCAAAUGGGACGUCACCAAGGCCCUGCCGCUGGACGGCAGCGCCUACCCCAUCUGGCGCAGCGCACUUGUCUGUCUGCCCGCCCCUGUGCAUAGCGUCGAGUUUAAGUUUGUGCUGCGGCUGGGCGAUGGAGGGUGGGAGUGGGAGCGCUUCAGAGGUGAGCGACAUGAGAGUCUGUCACGGGGAUCAGGGUGAAUGGAUGGAUGGAUCUCCUGGUGUGGAUGCGUGUGUGUGCGUGUGUGUGCGUGUGUGUGUGUGAUGAACAGGCAAUCGUGAGGCGACUCUUCUCUCCAGUGAUGGCCGCGUCACAUUUGUCAAGUGUGCAUUCGGUGAGAACAAAACGCACACAGACAUAAUGGCGACGACAACACGGGGAUGCGUCGAUGUGUGUGGGCAUGUUCCUUCUUUUGUCAGACGACAAGGGUCAACAGUCCGUGCUUGACAUUGACCAGCCUCGACUGUUCCAGCUGCCUCAGGAGGUCGAGCUGGAACUGUACCAGCUCCUCGGCAACGACCUGGCCAUCGGCCUUGCCCGCUUCCGUCGCACAUGCCGCAUGGGCAACCUGCGUGUGUCAGAUCCCGCGUCUGGUGCCUACCUGAGGACACAAAUCAACCAGCAGCUCGCCGCCAAGGGCCUCGAGGGCAUCAUCGCCCUCUCUCCUGACCUGACGUCCAUCGCCCUGCUGCUGCAGCUGUCGUACUUCAUCGACCACAGCGGCGAGUGGGCGGGGUGGGAGCCGAUCAUCCGAGUGGCGGUGCAUCAGCGGCGGGGAGAGGGGCGGUUGCCGAUAGAGCUGACCAGUGCUGACGUGGAGGGGGUCGGCAGCCGGCCGGUCUACGACAGCCGGUGCGAGGCGAUGCGGCAGCUCUCACUCAUCCAGCGCCACCUCGGCAUGACGCUGGAGCGCAUCAAUGACGAGGAGCGGCUGAAUGGGUAUCGGCUGACCAUCCACAGACUGCAGACGCUGCCGCCCAACAGCCCCUUCCGUGAUGAUAGAUUCGACGAGGCCAACCCCGUGUGUGAGAUGCCAGCAAGUGAGGGAGGGGGGAGAAGCGGGAAAGAGCUGCGGGAAAGAGCACGUGUGUGUCUGUAUGUGUGCAGUUCACUACUACGCUUCAGUUCGCGACCUUGUAUUGUAUGAGUACAAAGACAAACAGAAAACGCUCACACGCAUACACAGUGGCUGAACUGCUCUGCCGUGAUGUGUCUGUCUGGUCAGGAUGCAGCUGGGAGCGUCAGAGGUCGCGUACGAGAUUCCGAACGCGUACCUCCGACUGGUCAGUCAGCCGAACGCACCCACACAAGAGCCUCACAGGCUGCCGCACUCAGUCAUUGUCAUCUCUCUCUCGCUUCAGCGGCAGCUCGCCAGGCAGCAGCCCCCGGCGUGGAACUGCCGCACCAUUAGCACCAGCCACAGGAGCGACGGGCCGGCAGCAGGAAACAUCGGCCGCGUGAUAGUGCUGCAUGGCGACCAGCGUGGGCACACCUUCGAAGCCCACAUCUUCAUCGGCAGCUACGCCACUCUUGCCAGCGCCCACCUCUACACGACAGAGCGCCCGGUGGCCGGCAGGGUGGGUGCCGCCAGGUUCCCCCAGACAGUGAGGGUGGUGCGGCAGGUGAUGGGGGCCGACGCAUAGGUGGUGUUCGGCAACAAGCUAGCCGUAGCCGUAGACUGACUGAUCCGUUCAUCUGUCUACUCUCGGCUGCACAUGUACCUUGUCUGCCUGCCUCUUAAGUGGCCACGGCAGCAGAUGGCAGGCCGGGAUGGCCGAGAGGCUGACAGAUAUGUUGAUGGACGGACGGACGGACGGAUGGAUGGAUGGAUGCAUCUUUGGUGUGGCUGUCUUUGUGAUGAAUUCUUUCUCGCCGCACACACAUUCACCGACAGCCAUCUCAGAAGUGUCUCAGCACCAUCCCGCAGUCUCACUGACUCACGUGACACCACAUAAAUAAGGUCCCAGUGCUCACACCUAGACCAGUAUGCUCACACCUUCUCG